AUGAAGCACGUGGGGCUUCUGACAUGGAUUAUCCUUUGGGUUACCGCCGCUUUCGCAUUAAACCCCGUGGAAGACUCGGAAGAAGAUCGUCAAAAGCACGCCUACGAGGAGCUAGACCAGAUAGCUCGUAGUGCCAAACCCUAUCAAUUAAGGGACACGCCUCGUGACGUGUACUCCAACCGGAACGUUAUCGAUUCAGACAAGUUGUGGCGAGAAGCCGCGCGGGUCGAGGCGACGUUCAAUAAUGUCACUCCGGAAGAGAAGGAAAAGGCAUUUGACUUGCAUUAUGGCAUAAAUCAAGAAAUUAGCAAGCAUGACAUUAGUCACAACCGUGUUAAGGCCACUCGGAUUAAGAAUAAAAAAAAAUCGGUGGCAACUCAGCCAAGAAAGGAAGCUGCGAGGGAGUACCGCGCACCAAGGGUUUUGAACACCAAGCAGAUCAAGGUAUAUGAUCAGAAGUAUUUUGACGAUAAGCUGUUUGGGAAAACCGUUAACGGGUUAAAGGACGAGUCGGAAAUGAGAGGUCAGAAGGAGUUUAACGAAAGAGAUGCCCAUGCUGCUGUUGAAAAUAGCGGCAUCCAUCCAAAGUCUGCAAGAGCUAAACACCCCCACAAAGUGCAAGUAGCCGACUACUUGGCACACAUUGAGGAUCUCGGAGACUCCGAAGAGUACGGGGGGUUAAAGCGUCCAGAAAAGUCUGAAGAUAUUGACCAAUCCAAUUUAGACUUCGGGCUUGAUGUGAUUGAGAAGGAGAAGCAGAAAAAUAAACAGCCAAAGAAGGGGACCCCUCCGCGGCGGUAUCUUCCUGAUAACACUAACAACGGGCAGAUGUUACGAACCGGCGUUCAUCUGUACCUUGCGUUACUUUUUGUUGUGUGCGCGUUGCUCUAA